AGGCAGGUGCAUAGACAGCUGUGGAGCUAUGGGUCCUGAGCGUUGUAGCAGCGGUGUGUCCAAAUCGUACAACAACAAUUCCUCCGUUUCAGGAUUAAAGGCAGAAAUGCAGCCGUAAAACCCUCCGGAUCGGUCCAGAGCCGCUUUAAAACGUGUCCGAGGUUUUUUUAAUUUACUGAAGACGAUCAGCAAGAGUGCCGGGGGAGGAGUUACACGCUAGAUGAGGUCAUCACCUCAUUUCCAUAGUUACUCAUCUGUGUACAAAUACGCUAGAUGCUGAAGUCUGGAUGCGGAGGACUGAAGUUCUCCUGCUGUGACUGAGUGUUUCGGUUCGGGGGAGGGGACUACGGCUCGCUGAGAAGAGCUUUCAGGCGAGGUGUCCACCUGCAGCUUCUUCUGCUGUGGUUGGGUCAUGGAGCUGGCGUACGUCUGUGAGUGGGAGAAACGGCCCAAGAACACCCACUGUCCGUCCAUCCCGCUGGUGUGUGCCUGGUCCUGCAGGAACCUGGUGGCAUUCACCACAGACCUGAAGAACGACGAUGAGGACAAAGAUGUCAGCCACAUGAUCCACAUCAUCGACACGGAGCACCCCUGGGACGUGUUCUCCAUCAGCUCUGGCCACACCGAGGUCAUCUCCUGCCUGGAGUGGGACCAGUCGGGCUCGAGACUGCUGUCGGCCGACGGCGACGGGCAGAUCCGCUGCUGGUCCAUGUCGGACCACCUGGUGAACAGCUGGGAAAGCGCCCUCUCCAGCUCGCUGGACGGAGACCCCAUCGUAGCUCUGAGCUGGCUGCACAACGGCGUGAAGCUGGCGCUGCACGUGGAGAUGUCGGGCUCCACCAACUUCGGGGAGAAGUUCUCCCGGGUUAAGUUCUCUCCGUCGCUGACCGUGUUCGGGGGGAAGCCGAUGGAGGGCUGGCUGGCGGUGACGGUGAGCGGCCUGGUGAGCGUGUCGCUGCUGAAGCCCGGCGGCAGCCUGCUGACGGCCAGCGAGAGCCUGUGCCGGCUGCGGGGGCGCGUGGCGCUGGCCGACAUCGCCUUCACGGGGGGAGGCAACAUCGUGGUGGCCGCCACGGACGGCAGCAGCUCCUCCCCGGUCCAGUUCUACAAGGUGGUGGUCAGCGUGGUCAGUGAGAAGUGCCGCAUCGACACGGAGCUGCUGCCGUCUCUGUUCCUGCGCUGCACCACCGACCCGCAGAGGAGGGACAAGUACCCGGCCGUCACACACCUGAAGUUCCUGACCCGGGAGAACUCCGAGCAGGUUCUGCUGUGUGCGUCCAAUCAGAGCGGCAGCAUCGUGGAGUGCUGGUCCCUGAGGAAGGAGGGGCUUCCCGUCAACAACAUCUUCCAGCACCGCUCCCCAGUUGUCGGGGAGAAGCAGCCGACCAUCCUGAAGUGGCGGAUCCUCACCACCACCGGGGACCUGGAGCGGGUGUCGGCCGUGGCUCUGCCCAAACUCCCCAUCUCCAUCUCCAACACCGACCUGAAGGUGGCGUCAGACACCAAGUUCUGCCCCGGCCUCGGUCUGGCUCUGGCCUUCCACGACGGCAGCAUUCAGAUCCUGCACCGCCUGUCGCUCCACACCAUGGGGGUGUUCUACGGCUCCUCCUCCGCCCAGCGACCCGGGGACGAGGCCGCCAUCAAGCGCCAGCGCACCACCGGCCCCGCCCUGCACUUCAAGGCCCUGCAGUUCUCCUGGACCUCGCUGGCCCUGGCGGGAGUGGACAACCACGGAAAGCUCCACAUGCUGCGGGUGUCUCCCUCCAUGGGCCAGGUCCUGGAGAUGAACACCACGCUGCGCCACCUGCUGUUCCUGCUGGAGUACUGCAUGGUGACGGGCUACGACUGGUGGGACGUCCUGCUGCACGUGCAGCCCAACAUGGUGCACAACCUGGUGGAGAAGCUGCACGAGGAGUACAUGAGGCAGAACCAGGCGCUGCAGCAGGUGCUGGCGACGCGCAUCGUGGCCGUGAAGGCGUCUCUCUGCAAACUCUCCACGGCCACGGCCGCCAGGGCGUGCGACUUCCACGCCAAGCUGCUGCUGAUCGCCAUCAGCUCCACCCUGAAGUCUCUGCUGAGGCCUCACGUCCUCAACACGCCCGACAAGAGUCCGGGGGACCGCCUGGCCGAGAUCUGCGCCAAGAACACCGACACAGAUAUCGAUAAGGUGAUGAUCAAUCUGAAGACGGAGGAGUUUGUGCUGGACGGGCCCCCCCUCCAGUCCCUGCAGCAGCUCAUCCAGUGGGUGGGGGACUUUGUCCUGUACCUGCUGGCCAACCUGCCCAACCAGGGCUCCAUGGUCCGGCCCGGGUUCGGCUUCAUGAGGGACGGGGCGUCUCUGGGGAUGCUGAGGGAGAUGCUGGUGAUGAUCCGGAUCUGGGGGCUGCUGAAGCCCGGCUGUCUGCCCAUCUUCACCGCCACGUCGGACAACCAGGACAGCAUGCAGCUGCUGUUCAGGCUGCUCACCAAGCUGUGGCUCUGCUCCCGGGAAGAGGGGCCCCCCCAGGAGCCGGACGAGACCCUGAUAGACGAGUGCUGCCUGCUGCCCAGCCAGCUGCUGGUUCCCAGUAUGGACUGGCUGCCGGUGAACGACGGCAUCAUGGUGAAGCUGCAGGGAAAACACCCGCUCAGGCUGCAGUUUGGAAAAGCCUCCUCGUUGCCGGGAGCGGGAGGUUCCACCCCCCUGGAGGUGUUCACCAGGAGCCCGGGCUCUCAGAAGAUGGACAACCUGCGGUGCGUCCACAUGGGGGUCUGUCCCACCGAGGAAAGUAAAGCCUGCACCAGGUGCGGCUGCGUGACGAUGCUCCGUUCUCCCAACAAGACCAAUGCUAUGAAGCAGUGGGAGCAGCGCUGGAUCAAGAACUGCCUGUGUGGGGGUCUGUGGAGGAGGAUCCCCCCCACGCUCACCUGAGCACAGUUAGCACUCACCUGGACCAGCACCAACAGGCUUUCUGGAGGAACUGGACUGAGCUACUCCAGGACGCAGCUGGUGUUUGUUUCUCCUGUAAAUAGAAUCACUUUUCUAAUAAAACUGA